AUGCGUAUGUACCCAGAUAUCUACCGCCGCAAAGCCAGGAACCUCGCAUGGUACGACCAGGAAGGCGAACCGUCCACCCAUAACCCCUUCAAAAAAUUCAGAUCUCGUCCGCGUCGUUCCAGUUCUAUCAAACUCGAAAGCCGUCUAGCCCCCGUUCGCACCGCCGGUGAGGUACCUUUAUCCGAAGAGCGUCGCCGGAGACGAUCUAUGACAGAUGGACUGCAAGGACCCGAGCAUUCCGAUUCGUUUCCGCCUGAGUCGUCAUUGUCGAGGGCCUCAGAAGGUCACACCCGUCCGAAUACGGCGAGCGUCUCGCGAGCAGAGAGCAGUGGUGGUAUUGAAGGACCGGAUCUAUCAAUGCACAGUCGGGAACCCAUCAAUGUGUCGUUUCAGGAUGAACAGGAGGAAAGAGAUCUUGAGGGAGGACCGCGCAAGCGAAAGACUUUAUUGGGCAAAUGGAGGAACUAUGGAGAGGAGAAUGGUGAUGAAACCGCAUCAGCUUCUACAGGAGACGUCGAUGGAGAGGACAAGGAGGAGGAUAAGCAGAAAUUUACGCUGGCGGGCCAGUUGAAAGCAACAGUCUUUAAUUCGUGGAUGAAUAUUUUUAUUUUGGCGGCACCGGUUGGAAUUGCAUUGAGCCAAGUCAAAGGGAUCAACCCGGUCGUCGUUUUUGUGGUUAACUUUGUUGCCAUUAUUCCUCUUGCGGCCAUGCUGGGUUAUGCCACGGAAGAAGUUGCCAUGCGCACCGGAGAGACUAUCGGUGGUCUUUUGAAUGCGACGUUCGGAAAUGCCGUCGAGUUAAUUGUGGCCAUCAUCGCCCUGACCAAAAACGAAAUCGUCAUCGUCCAAACCUCGCUCGUUGGAAGUAUGUUGUCGAAUCUGCUCCUGGUCAUGGGAAUGUGUUUCUUUUUCGGUGGUCUCAACCGCUUGGAGCAGCAUUUCAACCCUGUCGUUGCACAAACAGCCGCUAGUCUUCUUGCGUUGGCUGUGGGUAGUUUGAUCAUUCCCACAGCAUUUCAUCAGUGGUCUGAAGCGGGCACUAAAAAUGUCGCUGCUCUGUCGCGAGGAACGAGUAUCAUGCUUCUCGUCGUGUACGGAUGCUACCUCUUCUUCCAACUCAGAACCCACACGGAAAUCUACAACAAACCCAGCCCGAAAGUCGAGAAACGACGGGUCAAGAUAGCCGAAGGUGACGCCAGUCGCGGAAUCGCACAGAUCGGCAAGAUGUCCGCAAGUAUGGCGGGUCAGAACGUGCAUCAAAUCAAACUGCAAAAUCCCGAUGACGAAGAGGAAGAGCCGCAGCUUCAUCUCAUUGUUGCUUUUGUGACGCUGGGAAUUUCGACGGCGCUUGUUGCUGUGUGUGCUGAAUUCAUGGUCAAUUCGAUCAAUGCUCUUGUGCGGGAAUAUCCUAUCUCGGAGACAUUUGUGGGACUUAUUCUCCUUCCUAUUGUGGGUAACGCUGCAGAGCACGCGACAGCCGUGACGGUGGCAUGCAAGGAUAAGAUGGAUCUGGCGAUUGGAGUUGCAGUUGGAUCGAGUAUGCAGAUUGCUUUGCUGGUGCUUCCUUUGAUCAUUGUGAUUGGAUGGAUCAUGGGCAAUGAGGAUAUGACACUGUACUUCGACGGGUUUCAGGUGAUCCUCCUCUUUGUUUCGGUCCUUUUGGUUAACUACCUCAUCGCCGACGGUAAAUCGCACUGGCUCGAAGGCGUGUUGCUCAUGAUGAUGUACUUGAUAAUCGCAUUGGCAUCUUGGUUCUAUGAUGUUUAA